AACGUGGCUCUGCACGGAAGGGAGCGUCGCUCCUCUUCUUUGGCUGGUGUUCACUCGAGGGCUGUUUUAUUUCAGCUCGGCUCUGGGCAGAGUUAUUACAGAUCCCCCAGCACAAGUUCCCUGUGAUGAGAGAAACAUGUGAUCCUGGGACCCGAGAGAAGGAAUUCUUCUAAGGCCCCUGCAGCGGGAAGGCUGCUCCUGGCCACCUGAGCAAACAGCCAGCCUGGCUGACUGAGAGCCAAGCAACUGAGAGCACAAAUGUGGGAUUGGUCUUCACAUGCCGAACAGAUUUUGCUAAUAUCACUUUGUUAUGCAAAUAUGUAAUUAUUUCGUUUCCCCUCGAAGGAGUAUUUGUGGUUUCCUCUUCCCUGGGACUUCCGAGUGCUCGUGUGAGGGAACAAAUAACUGCCAGGUUACCGGCUGAGUACCCCUAUGGCCAGAAGGAGAGAUGGGGAGGCAGGAAACCCUACAAAACCUUCCAGCCCCAGUUAGCAGAGAGGGCCAGGAGUAAGAAAAAGCCAAGGAAGCCUGAUGGCCAGCAGAGGCAGACUCUGCAGUUCGAUGAGUGGACGCUGCAGAAGGCGAGGAGGAAGCAGUGGAACGAGCCCAGGUCCUGCGCCCGGCGCUACCUCAGGGUGGACUUUGCAGACAUCGGCUGGAGCGAGUGGAUCAUUUCCCCCAAGUCCUUCGAUGCCUAUUACUGCUCGGGGGAAUGCCAGUUUCCCAUCCCAAAGGCCCUGAAGCCGUCCAACCACGCCACCAUCCAGAGCAUCGUGCGAGCCGUCGGAGUCGUGCCCGGCGUCCCCGAGCCCUGCUGCGUCCCUGACAGAAUGUCCUCUCUCAGCAUCCUGUUCUUGGAUGAGAACAGGAACGUGGUGCUCAAGGUGUACCCCAACAUGACGGUGGAGUCGUGUGCGUGCAGAUAACCCCGGGAGGGCAACGCUCGGGUUUGGGGCAGGGGCUGGGCAGGGCUCUCCUCACACCCACGCUUGGGUGGCACUGCCCGUGCGUUGCCUCGGGACAGAAAAGAAACUGUGACCCAAUCCAAACCAUGAGGAUGGCAAUGGAAUGGAUUCCAAGGGGAGAGAGGACCAGCUUCAUUGCUCUGGGAACGUGACCAACACGUGAGUCUUGGCGAUGGGACCUGAGUGUUCCUGUGGAAAUGGAGAGAUGAAGGAGGAGGGAUUUGCAGGUUUUCCAGACUGCCAGAAGGACACAGUGAUCUAUUUUUAUACGAGAUUUUGGAAGCAGCACGAACUGUUAAUUGUUCUCUCUGUCCUUACGGGAACUGAUGGAGGGAGGGUUAAGGUGUAACAUUCUUCAUUGUAAAGCUGAGCUUCUUGCCUUGGGUUCUUGGGUAGUGCAGCGAGGAGGGCAAAUCAGUCUGACACCCUAAAAGGUACUGCAGCUUAGCCGUGCAUCUCCUGGGUGUGACAUGCCAGCUCACCCCGGCUGUCUGUUCAUUUUCAUUGUCUUAUUCUUUGGAAUUCAGCUUUUUGGAGCUCAGUGAGAACCUCCCUCGUGAGAACCCAAGCCAGGACUGCUGAGUUCAUAGCUGGGAUUUCUCAAAAGCACAGACUUUCUGUCCUGGACAAGUUUUCCUGCUGUAGCAACUCAGCUGGCCAGGGAUAUCACACUCGGAGAAGCAUCUGGGCGACUUGUUCCUAACAAGUAUUCUAGAACAUAGUUCAAAUAAUCUCUGAGUUUUCUACCUGAAAGGAGGUUGUUUCCAGGUGGGGAUCAGCCUCUUCUCCCAGGUAACAAGCACCAGGAGAAGUCAUAGCCUCAAGCUGUACCAGAGCAGGUUCAGGCUGUACAGCAGGAAGAAUUUCUCCAUGGAAGGGCUGCUCAGGCACUGGCUUGAUUAGUGCCCUGUUAUUGCUUGUGAGAACAGCAUUUUCAAAUGAUUUCUGGUGAAAGGUUUAUCUUUGUUCAGGCUGUCAAUUAAAAAAAAAAAUUGAAACUCA